AGACCUCCAGACCUCUUACAGCACCAUCGCCCCUCCAGACCUCCAGACCUCUUACAGCACCAUCGCCCCCCCAGACCUCCAGACCUCUUACAGCACCAUCGCCCCCCCAGACCUCCAGACCUCUUACAGCACCAUCGCCCCUCCAGACCUCCAGACCUCUUACAGCACCAUCGCCCCUCCAGACCUCCAGACCUCUUACAGCACCAUCGCCCCCCCAGACCUCGAAGACCUCUUACAGCACCAUCGCCCCUCCAGACCUCCAGACCUCUUACAGCACCAUCGCACCUCCAGACCUCUUACAGCACCAUCGCCCCUCCAGACCUCCAGACCUCUUACAGCACCAUCGCCCCCCAGACCUCAAAGACCUCUUACAGCACCAUCGCCCCCCAGACCUCCAGACCUCUUACAGCACCAUCGCCCCUUCCAGACCUCCAGACCUCUUACAGCACCCCCGCCUCCAGACCUCCUGACCUCUUACAACCUCUUACAGCAUCAUCGCCCCUCCAGACCUCCUGA